GCAGAGGACCUCACCCGCGUCCGCAACAAUCAGCGCCGCUGCCGACAGCGCAAACGCGACUAUGUAGCCGAACUGGAGCGCAGACUGGCAUCCCUCUAGGAUACCACGGCGCGGGAGAUCCAGAGACUGCAGUCCAUGACGGAUGAGCUGCGUCAGGAAAACGAAAGGCUCAAGGCUUUCCUCGAUACUGCCUUGGGUGUUGGCCACAUGGUACCCAGACCCCGCGGGCAGACGGAAGACAAGAACCAGAGCAGCUUGAAUCAGAUACUCAACUCGAGAAUAUCUAGUCUUGGUAUGAAGGACUACACUCUACAUGCGGGCUUGGUCCCCAAAACACCGGCAAAGCAAGCGUCGCCCCGUCCAUGACCUCCCUCGAGCAUCAUACCUAACCUGUCUGGGGAGUUGAUAAUACCAAUGGCGACCCCAAGUCCGGGAGACAGCCCCCCACUCCGCUCUGAUUCUCCACCACCCUCUGUGUUCACUGGGCAAGUCGACGGAGUCUCGCUGCUGGAUACCAGCUACCUCCUGAUACCCCCGGAAGGCGACCUGGUUCCUGGAUCUGCGUUUCUCCCCGAGCAGCGUGCUCCCGGAGCUGCAGUGCAAAACUGCUCCAAGGCCAAUGACACCGAUACGACCGUUUGCGCUGUGGCUCUGGAGCUGGUCAUGAGCUACAACACGAAGAACCUCAGUAUCUCCGAGCUGGAUCUGCGUCUGCGCGCCGGAUAUCGCAGCGCGCGGGUCCCAUGGGAGGGCUGCCGGGUGGAUAACCAGGUUCUGUUCGCUGUUCUGGCUGAGGUGAUUGGGUGAUUGAUGCGUUAGAGGUUUCUCAAGUGAGCGGGAGGGGCUAUAACGCCCCGGAAAGGGACGUCCGGGCUGGGAUUAUUGUUUUCUGGAGUGGGUCGCCAUCUCGUGAGCACGCGAUGGAGGAAUGUCAUCGAAAGUCUUGUGGGAGGAAAGAGUAUUGCAUUUUAACCAAGAGAAGCAAGCAAAAUGGAAUAGAAAAGGGAAAAAGGAUUCAUAUAAGUAGCGAGUAUGAAAGAAGAUCAAGGAGAUUCAUC